GGAAAUGUCCGUUCAGUCAAUGUUGUCGGGAUUCGGGACAGGAAAGUUGCAUAACCACUUCCACCUCAACAUUUAUUUGUGAGAUUGUACGAUCAUCUGCAGUACCUUGCAUUCUCCCAGACUUACUGUCUGAGUACUCCUUUAUUUGUGUCACGGGCCAAGUAUUCAGGAUGUCCACCUCUCCUGCUGCUGUUCCGACUACCCCAAGUCUUCACACGGGGGAGUCUUAUCAAGAGAAGGCUUGGAGAAAAUUCAAGGAGCAACCAUUAGUCCCUGUCGGUACACUUGUGACGUGUGGUGCACUGAUAAUGGCUACGGUCAAAAUGAGACGCGGCGACUCCCAAUCUCUGAAUAAUUGGCUACGUGUUCGCGUCAUCGCUCAAGGUGCAACCAUCGCCGCUGUUUGUGCAGGAACCUAUGUACUGGGUUCAACUGUCGGCGACGAAACGAAAGAGACGAGACAACUCGACGAGAUACAGGCAAAUAGAGAAGCUCGUGCCGGCAGGGAGCGAAAGGAGUUCGAGGACCGCCUCAAAGUUGCGGAGAGGCAGUGGAAA